AUGAAGUGUUUGCCCAUCACCGAUCGAUUCGGACGACGAUGGGCUCUACUCAUAGCCACAGUCAUUUACAUCGCGGGUGUUCUAGGCCAGGGUCUCAACGGUGGUAAUCUGUCAGGGAUGUAUGCAUCCAGAUUCAUCACAGGGAUCGGCAUCGGGGCAACAACUGUGAUUCCUCCAAUCUAUAUCACCGAAAUAGCCCCUAAGGCCAUUCGGGGCCUAUUGACCCUCCAAUACGCAGCAUGCCAACAACUGGGCGUCGUCUUUGGAUUCUUCAUUAAUUACGGCGUGACCAAGAAAUACGCCAACACAGACAACCAAUGGAUGAUUCCAACCCUCCUCCAAGUCCUCCCCGCCAUGAUCUGGGGUCUAGGUAUCUUCUUCUGUCCCGAGUCUCCACGCUGGCUCCUCUACGUCGGCCAACGUGAGAAAGCAAUGACAUCCAUGUCCAAGCUCCGCCACCUCCCAAUUGAUCACCCGUUCCUCCAAGUCGAGAUCUCCGGCAUGGAUGCUCGAAUCCUGCAUGAGACUGAAGCAGCCAGCAAUACCAGCCCAUGGGAACUCCUCAAAGAGACACUCCUCCCAGUUGAAAACAGACGCCGCUUUUUCCUAACCUUCAUGGCCACGCUCUUCUCGCAAUGGUCCGGCGCAAACGCCAUCACCCAGUACUCGCCCACAAUCUUUGGCUACUUAGGAAUCAACGGCGAUGAAGCCAAGUUCCUCGCCACGGGCAUCUACGGCAUCGUUAAGUUCGCCAGCACGCUCAUCUUCGCCCUCUUCAUUGUCGACUUCAUUGGUCGUCGUCGCUCUCUACUCACCGGAAUCACCCUCCAAAUCGCCACACUCGUCUUCGUGGGCGGUUACCUCGGAGGUACAAGGAACAUGACUCCCGAGUACAUUCAAAGCACGCCGGCUGUCGCGCGCGCCUCAACAGCCGCAAUAGUAGCCAUCUUCCUCCACGCCGUUGCGUGGAGUAUCGGCUGGUUCAGCAUGCCCUACCUAAUUGGUUCCGAGAUCUUCCCAACUAGGAUUCGCUCAUUUAAUAUGUCCGUGUCGAUGGGAUUCCAUUGGGCAUUCUAUUUCGGGUGUUCGCGCGCCAUGCCGAGUCUACUCGCCGCCAGUCAGAAAUGGGGAGCCUUUGUGUUCUUCGCUUCUAUCUGCUUGAUUUCUUUAGUUUAUGUUUUCUUCGCUAUGCCGGACACGACGGGUCGGUCGCUUGAGGCGUUGGAUAGUUUAUUCCAAAGGCCGUGGUAUACCGUGUACAAGGUUGCGUAUCCGAAACAUGAGGGUCUUCAGAUUGAACUAUUUGAGAAGGGGGAGCUUGCGCCUAAGGCUGAACAUUAUGAGUCUGCAUGA